CCCGGAAUGACUAAUCCAAAUCCCCACAUCCCGACUUCACUCCGGACUCCGGUCGUUGACCACCAUCAUCAACAUCACAUCGAUAUUCGCCAUGGACGCCUCAGUCCCUACCUCUGCCACCGGCACCAGACCGCCGGUCCCGGUGGCAUCGAUCGCAUGUAUGAGCUGCCGAAGAUUAAAGAUGAAAUGUACGGGAUCAGAUAACCCACCAUGCGACCGGUGUGCUAAGGCCGGUCGAGAGUGUAUCGUUCAACGCGGGCGUCCACAGGACUCGCCCCAUUCUAACUCAAGUGCCGGAUCUCGACGACGACGGUCUCAGUUGGACGACACGUUCUCCCAGCCUGCUCCGCCACCUCGAACGUUCAACACCUCGUCGUUCCAGCCGGUCAAUGGCGUCGGAUUUGGACGAGACAACCAAAUUGCUCGAUUCGGCAACUCGGUGGCGCGCACAUUCUUCCCAGAGACUGCAAAUGUCCAAGAAACGAGCCCGGUGGCCAUGAGAUCAACCGUUGCGACUUCUUCGCAAUCUGCGGUGAUGGACCGGACCGGAGCAAACAUGGCCGAAACGUCACCUGACCAGAAGGCUUCGAAGCGACCGAAAAUUGGAGGGGUUAGAUUGUCCUUGGAUCAGAUCUCGUCCCAGAAUGGUACACUUGAGCAGGCCAUCAGCGAAAGAGAUAUGGUACAGUUCAUUGAUAUCUUCCGAAAACGCUUGAUGAACUUUAUUCCACUGCUAAAUGCAGGAGAUCUAGAUAACGCUGCCGAUAUCAUUUCAACAAAAAAGCCACUAGCUUACUGCAUAUGCUAUGUCACUGCAAGAUAUGUCCCAGGAGGAGAGUCAGCAAGAUCUAAGCUGCUUCCAGUCGUUUCGUCAAUUCUUCAAGAAAGGGUUUUCGAGCCCAAGAAUACUGAAGACGAGUGGACUAUGCUGCAAGCUCUAUCUGUUCUCUAUGCCUACCGAACUGCUGUAUGGAAUGGCUCGUCGUCAGAUGGCCCACUGGAGAUAUCGCAGCGCUCUAUCAAAACACAUGUCGAGAUGUACGCUCUCAAACUGUGUGUCCACCGAUCUAUAUCUGGAGUAAAGGCUUCAUUGCGAGCUGAAGAUCCCGAGAUCAUGAACACCAUUGCAUUCAAGAAGUAUAUUUUCUGGCUCUGGCUCUUCAACAUGUCACAUCAUCAUUCAAUAAUCACAUGUACCCCACCUAGCAUACGAGAAGACUCGACAAUACGUGUUGCUCCCGAAUUACUUGGUAAUUUCAAUGUCGGACCACGUAUUAUUCAAGUACUAGCUGAAGUUGAGCUGUGUCUGCUGUGGGGAAAGAUCAGUGCCAAUGUGAACGGCUUGGGUGAGUGGUGGUGUCCACCGGAUAUCUUGGACACUCCUGUCGACUAUGUCGACCAAGGAGCCCUUGCCCAUGUAGACUCCUCCCUCAGGACUUGGUCUGGCAAAUGGGAAGCUUUCUUCAACAGUGAACCUCUGGGACUUGGAAUUGAGUUCUACUACCGCUUCACUCGUUUCUGCUUGAGCUCGGUUUUGAUACGAAACUUUAGGCUCGUUGACAGCAGUCUGAAACCUUCCCAAGUCGAUGCCCUUAACAGAUGCAUAUCGGAUGCGUCCGACUUCUGCCAGCUCUCACUAGAACUUGGCCCAUCCAGCCGAGAAGCAGCUCGUUACAUGGCCGACUUCGGCUUCGUUAUGAUAUCUUUUUCUUGCCAAUUCAUCAUUCAUGUAUGCGGAGCAUUCCAUUCCGCGGUUCAAGCACCAUUCGAACAUCUGAGCAAAGUGGAAGAAGUGGCUCAGCUGAUGAAAGAACUGGCCAUCAAUUCAAGUCAAGGCCCAUGCAUUCAAUCACAAAUUAUAAUGUCUAAACUGACUCGGGUAUAUGAGAAAAUAGCACCGACGGGCAUUAGGGCGGCGUCCAACUCCAACCAUGGAGGGGAUCAGCGGCUCAACGUUGUGCUUGGGCAAGAUUCGUACAUGGAACAGCAGUGGGAUAUGCUAGACUUCUUUCUCGAGCCCCCUCGGGUAUAGUAGUUGCUACUGGGGUGCUCCAGAUCGCAACUGCAUCUCAUUAAACCAGUGGAUAAAGUAAUAAUAGAAAGCCUCAUAGCGGUUUCACAAGAUUUCUCGAUCGGCACUUUCUCGACGUACCUUUGUUUGUGCAUCAUCGCCAACACAAUCUUACUACGUCGGGACAAAUUCUGCCCGACACAUGAUCGCCAUUCUCUGGUGGCAGACGGAAUCGCUUCGCACCUCACGAGUCUUCACCGGUGCCAGGUUCAGCAAGCAUUGAAGACUUCAGGAAGCUCUAAAAAUUGUACCACAAACGAAGUCUCCUCAGCAAAGUAGCAGAAUGAGGACUCAGCUCAAGUGCCCAAGCUUCCCAACCCAAGAAUACUUGUCAUCACUACACUGGGGUCAACACGCAUCACAGACAAGUGCAUCUGCUAACCUACCGCUACCUACCACAAGACCGCCGCUUGUAAUGAGACGGAUCAUUCAAAGUUGCAUUGUCUAGAUACAACUGGCAGAGAGAGCAGCUCCAGCUCCUCCUCACCGACUAAAACUUGUUACGUUCAAAUUUCACAUGACACAAAGGUAGUUCUUCAUAGGAACAUGUAUUGUGUCUCAGCGCAAAAUGAAACCAUGGACUUUGAGGCUUUCCUUGACGUUCACUUACAUAUCACAGUUACUGCAAGUGGGUAAGGCAUACAUCAACCGGAACCAAAUUGAGUACAUCACCUUGGAGGAGAAUAACUGAUAGUAUGAGACACAGCUGUAUCAGUAAGGCAUAGCAACGGACUCAAGCCUAGAAGUAGAUGGACACGCUUGAGAGGGGCUUUCGUCAGUAUAGAUUCGAAAGCAAAGAAUAGAUGGAAGAAUCAACUGUUGCUGAGCAGGGAAAUGAAGCUCGGCCUAGUGUUGGAAAUGAGGAGCUCUUGGCUGAGUUUUAUCCGAUUUCCGACACUUCUUCUGAGUCGGAUGAAGCGAAUCAUAAUGAUUGUUCUUAAUAGAUCUGCUUUGGGACGGGUUGCGGAAGGGCAAGGCACAUGACUGAUAUCCGCUUGCCUUGAUGUGGCUUUGUUUACUUCUUCGGAUGUUGCCUGGAUUCUACAUAUCGUCGAUCUUCGGUCUUACAACCAAUGAAAUAUUGUUACCAAAAGUCCGC